AUGAAUCCGGCUGCUGCUACGUAUGGUUUCGUCCUUCUGCUUUCUUACGUUUCUGAUCGGAGAUUUUUUAGAUUGGGUCCCUUAUUCCUGGGCCUGAUGUUCAAUCUGAUUUUGCUGGGCAUGGCAUUUGUGCAAUACUACAUGUAUUUUAUCAAAUAUCAGCGCCGUGAUCAUCUCUGGAUCCGAAUAUUUGCAAGUCGUUUCUUGUUGCCUUGGCCAAACGUAAGCUUAUUCUGGAAGCAGGUCUAUACCCUUUUGCUGGUUAACGUAGCUGGAUCUGUUUUGUACAUGAUUGAUAUGUACAUUGGGUUAAUACUAAACUUUGGUGAGCAUAUUCACGCAAUUAUGGCGGGAGGGGUGCAGCUCUUCUUCGCAUGGCGCGUUAAGGUCCUCACGUCCAGCUGGAUAUCCACAACGAGUGUAUGCGUCACAGCGCUCCUAGCAGUCGCUGGUGGUAUAGCUACAGCCGCCGAAGCCAACGCUCAAGAGGCAGUAACGGACUUUCAGAAAUUCAAAGUCACUGUGAUUAUCUGGCUUGUAUCGAGUUGUAUUUGCGACUUCCUGAUCACCGGGGCUUUGGUGUGGUAUCUACUUCCACAGCGCGGUCACAAAACCGGAUUCGAGCAGUCCGAUGAGCUGAUGGAUAGGAUUAUCCGGCUUACCAUUCAAACGGGAUUUAUUACUUCCUUCUGCGCAAUGAUGGAUCUCAUAACGUUUCUUGCCAUUGCCUCACCAAGCGUCCAUAUAAUAUUCACCGGCAUGCUCGGGAAGCUCUAUACCAACGCGCUCAUGAGCAGCCUCAACGCCCGCUCUGGAUGGUCGUACUCUAUGUCAUCGAAAACGAACUUGGAUUCGUCUAGGAAGAAGGACGACGUGGUUCGAUUGACCGCUAAUACCACCGAGGUCUUCGUGCAGGUAGAGCGCCAUGAGAUGACGCCUAUGGGUACCCAAAAAGUGUCCGAGUCAGAGGACUGGGAAGGGAAACAGGGAGAUAUGGUGUGA